AUCUCUACUGAUACUUGCGUACAACAUCCAACCCUCGAGUUCAAAAAUAAUGAAUUAUUCCCAGGGGACAACUUUGUCUCCCUCACUCGUUCCCUCAUUCGUCGUAGCGCCGUCGCUUCGCUGGUAUCUUGAGAACUCUUUCAUAGUGCAUUGUAUCCACAUUCAAAUGAUGAUAAUAUUUCUCGCCGCAGACAAUCAAGCGCCGAGUAUGUCCUCAAGGCCGAUGGUCCCGUCCUCCGAGUACCUCGUUCCAUCAAACGCCGAGAUGCCAUCAUCAAAGCCCGUUAUCAUGCGCGGACAUAAUCCUGCCAUGCCUUCCAUUUUCUCCGGAAUGGGCGAAGCCUAUUCCUCAGAAGCUUCCAAGAUGGAACUCGGUCCGACGCUAACGACGGCCAGCAACUGUAAUACGCCGGUUGACAGCUCGCCAACAACCGUUCCAUCAAUCUCAGUUAGCACAAACCAAACCUCGAUUGUAGGUCACAUCUUAACGAGUUUAACAACCAAGCCCAGUUCGCCUGUCAUGGCAACAUCAAUAGCGCCGUCCGCCGGAAACAUCAUCGAGCCGAUUUAUUUUCACGCUACUAAAUAUGGGGCUGUCACGCCUCCUCAUCCUAUUUUGAGCGAAGUGAAUAGCGACACGCAUCCCUAUGCGCUUUCACACACGCCGAAGAACAGCCUCAAGAUCAACGAGCAUGACUUCAAAUUCCUAGCGUUAGAAGCGCCGAAGAACGUUGAAACCCAAAGCUCCAUGUUGAACUACAUUCUCCCCGAAGAGCACAAAAGCGGAGUGAAGGGUAUUCAGAACUCCUUUGAGGACUACGCGCUGCCCGUGAAACUUAAACAUGACUGGCCUUUGCAGCAAUUCUCACAAUCGGAAACAUCGCCCGGUUAUGCUCCGCUGUCUCUCAACGGAAAGACAAAACUCAUUUUACCGAAUAUACCCGUAGUACCAAUUUCUUGGCCGAUAGAAAUUAAAAACGACGUUUCCACAACAUUACCAUUGAAACCCAUAAUAAUGCCCGAUGCGGCGACAAGGAGCAAAUUGUCGCUAGGCACAGACUUACCUGUAGACUUGACGGCAAGCAUACCGAGUAUGACUUCAAGUACAUCCAAUGGUAUAUCUGCAAGCAUAACUGGUGGCAUAUCAACGGGCAUACCUGGUGGCAUGACGACGGACAUACCUGCGAGCAUACCAACUUUGAACCUCGGGCAAAGUUUACAUCACGUGGAACAAUUACGACAAACUCAAGAGGCGAGAAAUCCAUGGUACCCCACAGGUUUCGGCGGAAUAAAUUAUGCCUUACAUACGGGUAAUCCUGCCACGAAAUCGAUGGAGCCUGGGAUCGCCGCGAAAGCGGGUUUAACUUUGCCGAAAUUACCGCAACCGCACGCUCCCGCAUUUGCAAAAGUGAGUUCUCAAGGCGCGAUUUAAGUUGUGCGGUGCGCGGUACUCAUGUCCCUCGAAAGCUUUUUUAAUGGCACGCGAUAUUACUUCGGUCGCAAUUUAUUAGCUACGUGCCGGCUAGUUACGAGCAGCCCACGCUUCGCUUCUCCCUUUCCUCCCUGUCUCAUCCUAUGUGUCUUCAUCUCCUUACUGCUGCUACGUUUUCUCUUUUUUUCCAAUUUACGACUUUCUUCCGUUACGUUUCACUUGGCCAAUGGCGCCGUCGUAUCGAGACACCCCAAGUACCUUGAUGCUCACGCGGGUAUAAACGGCCGAAACCCCUGGAUACCUUUUAUUUCUCAAACGUCCGUAAAAGUUGGCACCAAACGAUUUCGCUGCAGAUUGAAUUUCGCUGGCGGCUGUGGCAGUUGGCCGCGACCAUUGUCACUGCAGAUUGCAUUGAACCGAAUCAAUGUAGUCACACAUAUUGGUGGAUUCGAGCUGCAAUAG